AUGAAUCAUUUGGAACACAAAGUUAUUAAAGAGCAAAGAAAAGAGAUUGAAUUACUGUUGAAAGAGCUAGCCAGCCGAGAUAAAGAUAUAUCAAAGUAUUGUCUGACGGAAAGGGAAAAAUUGGGAAGAUGGGAGGAUUUGACUCAACGUAUAGUUAAAUAUGAAACUAAAUGUUCAAAGUUAGAAUACGAAUGCCAUGCCAGGAACGAUAAGGUUGAGAAUUUGAAGGAAGAAUUGCACAAUAGGGAAUCCGAAUUUAGGAUGAAGGAAACCGAAUUAAACGUGCUGGCUCAGGAAAGGGAUGAAUAUAAAAGAGUGAACAGAGGAUUGAAAGAAAAAAUUUGCGGGUUAGAAAAAAGGUUAGAUAAACUUUUGAGUACAUUGGAAGAGAAGGCCAAUCUUAUAGGUAAGCUCGAAGGUGAAUUACAAGAAAUAAGGGAUGAACUGAGUGAAAAAUCGCGCGACCUCAAAGAGGCAUCAACGUGUUUGAAAGGAAUGGUUGAUAAAUUCAAGGUUUUGGAUUCGCAUUGUCGAGAUGCUACAGUAGACCGCGAUCGUUUGAUGAUCGAAUGUAAAGAAAAGGAGUUGCGGGUAAAAAAAAUGAACGAAAAAUUUAAAAUGACUGAGGAGGAGCUAGUGGCAUGUAAAAAACAAAGGAAUGACCAUUAUCAAGAAUAUAAAUCUCGCGAGUCGGAAUGCCACACUCUGAGAAGCGAGGUCAAAUAUUUGGAAGAGCAAAAGGAACAUCUAAAAAGAGUUUUGGAGUCUCAAAAUGAUACCCUUAAAUUGCAACAAGAAAACUUGGAUUACUACAAAGGAUACAUGAUGUCCUACAAACUAAACAACAUAGUCAGUAGCGCAAAAAAUAAGGACGAAUCUAUUAAAUGUAUAGGGGACUUCGUAGCACCAGCAAUUAUUAACGGUGAUAAGUAUGAUAAUAAAAUAUGUGCUAAUAACAGCGAAAUGACGAUUGAAAAUUCUUUUAGUUCACCAAAUACUGAUAAAUUUGGGACUAACGCUUCUUAUAAAUCAAAAAACGUUACGGUAGAUGAAAGUUUUACCUCAUUGCAAUACAAACUUGGAACGACUCAACGUUUAAUAGGUCAAUCAUACUUUAAAACUCUGCUAAAAGAAAGUCAAGAUAGGAUAUUUAGUUCAAGGUCCAUCUCAAAAACUGUUUCUUCCACUUCAUUUCCUGAUAAAUACAAUAGUCAUCCAGAAAAAGACACCUGUUUCAAGGAUAACGAUGAUAUGCCCGAAAGUCUAGAUAAAAAUUAUCAUACCGCAAUAGUUGAUGGCAAAGAGGGCUUAAGUGGGAAAAAAUCUACCGAUAAACGGGAAUAUAAAUCUAGCUCUAAAAAAGAGAGAGAAAAUUCAAUGUUAGAUACUCAAACCCUCAAAACUUUGGAUUAUGUAUUGAACGAUUUUAGAAUGGCAAUAGGUUAG